AUGAGUGUAUUCGAUGUUAAUUCAACAGCACUAUCUUUCAUAGAUAAUUCAACGGAUUUGAUUCCAUUAGACGUUAUUCCAUCGUCAAGUACAAACAAUAAUAAUACCAGUUUUGAUCCGUAUAAAUUUUUAAACCCAAAUACAUCAUCGACUUCAACAGCAGCAACAAUCUCAUCGUCUUCAACUUCCAGUCAACAACAUCAGAAAGAAAGUGAUCUCAAUGUUGAUGUUUCUGAUUGGAGAAAUAUUCAAAUCGAUGCAUUUUGGCCUUCUACAACCACGAUUGACUCAUUAACGAACAAUAGAUAUUUUAAUACGAGUAUAUUACCGUUUCAGUCGAAUAUAAUUUCUACUAACAAUAAUAAUAGUAAUAAUUAUAUCACUACUCCAUCAACGUUGAAUUAUCCAUGGACACAACCAUUAUCGUUUCCAUUUCAACCAUAUUAUCCUAAUACUAAUUCUAUAAUUCAACCUACAAAUAAUAAUAACAACUCAUGGCUUCAAUCGCAAAAUACGAUAAAUUCAUUUACAAUCCCUCCCACGAUACAACAACAACAACAACAACAACAACAACAACAACAAUUAACGUCUGAUCGAGUACCGAUAAUAAACACAACAACAUCACAAGUGCAACUGCCUCAGCCACGACAACUGCCACCACCACCACCGUUUUUUCAAACAAUUCGACCUACGUUACCACGAUUCAAUACUGAUAACAAUAACAUUAUUGAUCUCACCAUUAGUCAUCCACAACAACAUUUUGCACAACAACUUCAACCACAAUUAUCUACACCUAUACUUACGAAGUCUACUUCAGUUUCACGUCUACCACCACCAAUGCUUACUGCGGUACCUCCAACUCCAUCCGCUGAGAUCGAUUUGUCACGUGUUCCCGACAUCGAUAUUGAAUCGAUAAUUGUUCAGGUUGAAAUGAUAAUACCUGAUAUUGACGCUGAUAAUGCUCGUCGUCAAAUUAUAGCAAUGAAUCCAAUACCAUCACUCGAUGAUAUUAUAACUUACUUUUUCGAUAACGGCUAUAUUAAAAAGAAAAAUCGCAAAGAACAAGAUAAACAUACACAGAUAAAACGUUCAUGGAGUGAUACAAUUGACGAUAUACCAAAAUUUUUACUUAAGCAUGCAGAUCCUGUUGCAUAUUUUUUUGAUAGUAAACGAAAUGUGACAGAUUCCUAUACUAACCAUGCUAAAGCAUAUCUCAUAAGAGCAUUUCCAUCGUUUGAUAAAAUCGUGUUAGAACAAGCGUUGAAAGAAGAAAAUAAUCAUUUUUUGCCAACACUCAGAAAACUAGAAGCAAGAAGUGGUAUUCGGACAAAUUCAUUCAUUACAAGGCGAUCAAUUAAAAGAGUAUUAGAUCAAUUAGGUAAAAAAAUGAUACAAUAUUCUUUUUUAAGAAAAGAGUUGUGCCAUAAACAAAUUGAUUAUCAUCACGUUCACGUUGAUGGCGUUUCUCGUUCCACUGCCAGCUGGGCUCCUACGGGAAAGAAUAAGUAUUCGUUGAGUGAUAUACCUGUGAUACCAUGUGAAGAGUUUUAUGAUGAAUUGUGUUUUGCUAAAAAUGAGAAAAAAAUUCGAAGUUAUAUUCAAAAACAAACGAAAGAACAUGAGAAAAAAGUGAAAAAAGCGAAAAAAGGACAUCAAACAAUUGAAUGUGAAGUUUGUAUGGGAGAAGACUUACUUAUUGACGAUAUGGUUGAAUGUAGUGCUGUUGGCGGUCAUUUGACAUGUCGUGUUUGCGUUCGUGCGUAUGUCGAAAGUAGGUUUAAAGAGGGCAAAUGUCGUUUUCCUUGUGUUCGUGAAGGUUGUCACGGUGAAUAUUCAAUGCGUUUAUUAUCUGAAUUAUUACCUCCCAAAGAUAUUGAGCGUCUAAAUAAACGAGUACAAGAAGAUAAUAUUCAACAAGCUUCAAUCGAUGGUCUUGAAACUUGUCCCUACUGUCCGUAUGCAGUUAUUGUUGAUAAUCAAGAAGAUAAAGUAUUUCGUUGUCUAAAUCCAGAUUGUAUGAGAGAAACGUGCAGACUUUGCAAAGAAAUAAAUCAUAUACCAUUGAGAUGCGAUGAAGUAGAAAAAGGUAUUGAAUUGGAAAUGCGUAAGUUUAUUGAAGAACAUGUAACAGAAUCAAUGAUUCGAAAAUGUCCACGUUGUUCAACAAAAUUUUAUAAAACCGAUGGAUGCUGUACAUUAAGCAAUACAAGUGAAAAAAUUCAUUAUGAAGAAAUGGUCAGUGCUUAUUCGAAUGCAAAAGCCGAAUAUUUACGUUUACAUCCCGAUGCUCGAGAAAUGGUAUUACGUUAUGAUCCAAUUGCUCAUCUUAAACGUCCUGCUACAACAACAACAACUACAACCGUAGCUGGCAACUAG